AUGAAUGAUUUCAGCAAAAAGGAACUUGUGGAAAAUCUUGUUAAAAACUCUGAAGGUCUGAUACUCUAUGCAUCUUUUCUCUGCAAAAUUUCUGCCAACAGUUCAAUCAAUGUCAAAAGCUUGCCCAAAGGAAUUGACAAGAUUUACGAAUCGUAUUUCAAUCGCUUUGAAAGAGAACUAAAAGAAAGAGCUAUACAAAAAACAAUCAGUUGCAUUUCUUCGCUACUCGUCAUUAAAGACGAGUGUGUGUCUUUCUUUCACAAAUCUGUUAAGGACUGGCUUGGGAGACAAAUGCAUCGUUUUUCAAUCAACGAAAAACAAGGGCAUGAGAUUUUGGCUGAAAUUUGUAUGUCCAAAAUGAAAACAUGGAAGACAAUCCAAUACGUUCUUAAUGAAAGUAACGACGAACGGCUUUCAUCCAAAGCAACUGCCUUGCUAAAGACACGUUACACGGAGCUAGCUUAUUUCGAAAUUGAGGAAAGCAGGGAUGAUAGGGAUGAUACUGAGAAGGCAAUAAAUCGUCUUUUGACUGAGGAAAUUAUUUGGGACUUUGAUGUUUCACGGAAUGAAGAUUAUCUUAUAUGUGUGUAUUUGGGGGACGAGGAAAGCGUUUUUGGCAACGACAAACGAGUUUGA